GAGGAAGGCGGCGCCGUCCGACCUUGGGGGUGCGGGGUCGGCUCCAGAAGAGCCCGCCGCCGGGAGUCAAGCGGAGAAGGAGAGCACUAGCCACGUCGAGCCCACCGCCAACGUUUUUCCUCUACCCAGCAUGGCUCGCGGGGGCAUGGCGAGUGCGGCGACGGGUCCGGACGUUGCUCCGCCUGUGGUGGAGGAGGAGUCGACUGACAUUGGAUCGACCGAGGGGCAGAAGGCACCCGAAGUUGAAGAGGACAUCGUCGAGGAGGGCGGCCUGUCGGAGCCACUGAAAGAGCGCCGGUCCAAGGCCGCCAGGGACCGCGCCCCGCCCAGUGACACCGACACGCGGACGGGCGAGGUUCCGUCGACUGAGGCGGUGAUGCGAGCGGACGGGGCGACCGAGUCGCGUCAUCCGCCGCCGUCUUCAUUGACCUUCACUGAGCUCCACACGGCGCUUGGCGAGGCGCAUGUGGCGGAGAUUAAGCGGCUGACCGCGCUUGUGGAGGAGGCGGCGCAGAAGAACCGGAAGCUGAUUGCCCUGGGCACUUUGUUGCCGGAGAGCCAGCCCAAGAUCUUCUUUGGGAAUGAAGCACUUGGUAAGGUCAGUGAAGGUGUCUGGCUGGCUUUUCUUUGGGAAGAAGUAGGGGAAAAGGCGCGAAAAUGCGGCCCGAGCAUCAGCGAUACUGCGGCGGGCAAGAUCCCCAUGAAUUUCGAGGAGGGAAAGAGCGUCGAGAAGACGGUCAUCUUCGGGCUUCUAAAGUUCGAAAUCCUGACCCAUCUUCCCUGCUGA